UGCUGAGCUGUACGCAUCAGUGAGCUGCUGCGUGUGCUACUUCUACUGGACACUGCUCAUGAUGGAAGGAAUUAGUGAGGAAUCGAAAGAACUCGAGCUGCUGGAGCGAGUGUUUCUCCGUUUGGGAGUGGCUGAAGGGGACUCCCAGCUGGAGGAGGCUCUGGCGAGGUUUUGCCACCGGUUCUCCUCAAGACUGCCAGCACCAGUCCCGCGGUUCAGGUCAAGGUGAUGGAGCUACUGAACCAUGUCAGCAAGAGACUGAAGAGCCGGCCAGAGGUACAGCUGCCCGUGGACCAGCUGCUGGCUCAGUUCACUGACCCCUCCUCCCCCGUCCCUCUCAUGAACUUCUCCCUGGUCUACCUGAGGUAUGGCUACCCUAGACUAGCUCCAGCCGACCAGGUACGAAUCCUUCCUUCCCUCCUCCUCUCCCUCCAGUCCAGGACUGCCCAGCAGGACAGUGUCCUCCAACUGUGUGUCCCGGCUCUGGUCCACCUCCAGUGGCCUCAGGAUAUCAGACUGCACCGUGACCUCCUGCCCCUAUCUGACCAUUCGGAUGUCAGGAAGAUAUUGGUGGAAUUUCUCCUUCUCUAUCUUCUGCUACCUUAUGGGUCACUGGAGGUCAAGCCAGGCCAGUUACCACCCCCUGGACUCAAUCGACAGCUUAUUACCAGGAUAACGGGAGGGGCUACCCCCUCCCUGGAGCAGCUGGAGGAGAGAAAGCUUGCCAUUGUGAGGCUGCUGUCAGCAGAGGUCAUGACCCCUGUGGAGGUGGUGUGUCCCCUUAUAAUGGCCUCUGGAGACCCCAAGUCCAGUGUGGCUGAGCUGGGAGAGAGGUAUGUGAGGCAGUUCUCCCACGGCCUGGACUGGGAGGAGCCUGGCAUCGUACAGCAGCUGUUGAGACUGUUCCUCGGGACGACUGCCACCCCUGGCAAACGACCCCAAUCAUCUCAGUCAGGUCCCACAGUGGAGCCUGUGUCGGGCUGCAGUCUGAGGAUUCGAAUCAAGAUAAUAUCAUUUCUUCUCAAGUCUUCACUUGCUGCCAACUCCUUCCCUCAAUGCAUACAGCUGGUGUUUGAUGGGCUGUUUGGAACUGUCACUAGUUCCAAGCUGAGGUCACUGACUCUAGAAUUUGCCCACCAUAUCUGCCGCAAAGCAAGGGGUCAGAAGCUGGCAGUAAUGGCUCCCAUCCUGCUCACUGGCCUCUAUAAGAUUGUGGAGCGUCCGGAUGAGGAGAAUAAAAUGAAAGCAGUUGCAUACACAGGAGUAGGACUAUUGGCCCAGCGAGUCCCAGCUCUCUUCCAGAAGGAUGCCGACCACCUCCUCCGUCUGUUCAGAGUGUUCUCAGAGUCAGGAGGUGCUGUGGACAGAGAUGUGGGUCUGGCUGUUCAGGAGUGUAUGAGUCUCCUGGCUCCGGCCUACCAGGGAGUGGCCGGCCAGAAGGCUCUCCUGCUAGAAGCUGCUCUCCUGGAGAACAUUUACAGUAGCGUCCCCCAGGCAAGACUGAUGGCAGCUCUUCUAGCUACCAGCUCCCUGUUUCCCUUCAGCCACACCCCCUCCAGAUUCGUCUCCAUGGUAGCAUGUGGAGACAGUCAGGACAAUAUCCGUGAGGCAGGCAAAAAAGGUUUAAUGCUACCAAAAUCCAAUGAGGAAAGGGUUAAUGUGUCGGUGGCCACCUGCCCCUCCUUUCCUGACGUUGUCGGAUACUUUCACCACAGAGCUAAACUGCUCCUAAAAUCAGGCAGCUGCUUUGUGACAGCGGCAGGGAAAUUGCCCUUUUCCCCUGCGAUAAUGACUGAGGCACUGGGAUUCCUGGUGCUGUGUCUGGAGGAGAGUGCGGGGGUUAGUGAGGAGCAGCGACUGAGUGGGACAGCACUGGCCCCUGUUUCACACUACAUGACCCAGCUGGUCAGCCCUACCAGCACCUCCCCUCAGACUCCUGUGGACCAGUACCUGGAGCUACUGCUGCAGUCCUUGGGACCUGCCGGAGACUUAGAGUUGCAUUCGGUCGCAAUGUUAAGUCUCCUGCAGUUGACGGUGGCCUCUCCAAAUCUGAUUUCCCCUCAACUGUUACCACGUCUUUCCUGGAUUAGGGGGUUCACCCAAUCGAGUCGGGCCAGUGUGAGUGAGCCGGCGGGUCAUCUGCUGGGAACCCUGUCCCACCUGCUGCCAGAGGACCAGUUCCUCUCUCUCACCUCUCACGUCUAUCAGGACACAUUCACACAGACUCACUACAUCCAGUUGGGUGCAGUGGUAGCUCUUGGUCAUCUCACCUCUGCUGGAGUGGCCAGAAUACAUGGUCCCGUGGAACCCUCAAAAGCAGAGGAUACUUUCAUUUCUACUAACCAUCAACCUGUUAAACAAGCACUCAGAAAGUGUCUUCAGAGAAUGGUUAGUCUUCUCGAAGGAGGACCAGGCCACGCCCACCUUGUGUCGCCGGCAUGUGCUGCUCUGGGUCAUGCCUGUCUCGGUGGACCACUGCCUCUGCACCCAGGUAUCAGCUGAGGGGGAGAAGGGAGAGAAUGACGGUGGGGGGAUCACAGUUGUUACAUUGAUCGCUCGUCUUAAAAAGUUGCUCAACAGCACCAAAGAGAUAAGGACCAGAGAGCUGUGUGCAGUGGCUCUUGGGAGGAUGGGGUUGUUUGACUCCGCCCACAGCCCCGCCCUCCUCCAGGCUCUGUUCUCCGUGAGGGAGGAGAAGGCAGUGGAGCUCCAGUUCACCGUGGGAGAGGCUCUCUCGUGUGUGGCAGCAGGCCCACUUUCCACUGCUCUUCACAGCCCCUGGGACCUGAGACACCGACUUUGCUCAGAGUCCUCAGACGUGCCUUCAGAGCAGCUGUCAAAGACACUGGAUGCCAUUCUGAGUGACCAUGCUUCUCACCCACUGGCCUCAGUCCGUCAGUCUGCCUGUACCUGGCUACUCUGUCUGGUGAAACAUGCAUCUCGCCACCCCAGUAUGAAGAACAAUCUGAAGAGGCUGCAGGCUACCUUCGUGAACUUCCUUGCAGAAACUAAUGAGAUCACCCAGGAGGUGGCUUCCAGGGGGCUGGGUUUGACCUAUGACCUCUGUGAUGGGUCGGUGAAGCAGGAGAUGGUACAGUCAUUAGUAGGAACACUCAUGGAGGGAAGACGCAUUGAACAGAAGGUGACAGAUGAUACAGAGGUGUUUAAACAGGGAGAGCUGGGAAAGGCCCCUGAAGGGAAAGGACUCUCAACAUACAAAGAGCUGUGUUCUCUAGCCAGUGACCUCAAUAAACCAGACCUCAUCUACAAAUUUAUGAACCUCGCCAACCAUAAUGCCCUCUGGAACUCUAAGAAGGGUGCAGCAUUUGGUUUCUCAGUGAUAGCAGCGACGGCACGAGAGGAGCUGUCCUCCCACCUACCCCUUCUGGUCCCAAGACUCUACCGCUAUAAGUACGACCCCAACCCCAGAGUCCAGCUGGCCAUGUCCAGUAUCUGGGCUGCCGUCGUGCCUGAGAGCAAGAAGGCCGUUGACAAGUACCUGCCAGCCAUUAUAGAUGACUUGUCUCAAAACCUCAACAGUCAUCUCUGGAGGAACAGACAGGCCAGUUGCAUGGCUCUAGGAGAUGUUCUGAUCGGACAGGAGGUGAAGGAUGUUGCCAGCCACCUACCCUCUCUCUGGGAGCUCUCUCUUAGAGCCAGGGACGACGUCAAGGAGACUGUCAGGAAAGCAGCAGAUGUUGCUUGCAAAGCCCUCCACAAAGUCACAGUCAGAGCCUGUGAGAGUCCUACUCUUGGAGCUAAAGUGAUAGGUGAGGUCCUACCACUCAUGCUGAACAAAGGCAUGCAGAACCCUUCAUCUGAUAUCAGAAAGAUUAGCUUACUGGCAAUCCUGAAAAUGUCUGAAAAUGCGGGCUCUCAGCUGAAGCCUCAUAUUCCAGUUCUAGUUCCAACUCUCCUGGAGUCACUCAGCUCUCUGGAACCCCAGGAGUUGAACACACUGUCCCUGAGGCUGACUGGAGAGACUGAGGUCCUGGAGCAACUGGACAACAUCCGAGUGAAGGUCUCACGACAGUCUCCUAUGAUGGAGACCAUUGAAUUGUGUAUACCUAAUGUGGAUGGUGAGGUGCUGACAGGCCUAGUUCCAAGACUCGUGGAUAUCUUCAAGAGUGGAGUUGGACUGGGGACUAAGGCUGCUACUGCUCAGCUGGUUGUGUCCUUGGUUCGUAGCUGCAGGAAUGACCUCACCCCACAUGCAGGUAAACUGCUAACAGCACUGACAAAUGGAUUGCUGGAUCGUAGUGUGGGAGUGAGGAAGUCCAGUGCUCAAGCCAUCGGCCAUCUUGUAAAAGUCUCAAAAACUGUGACAAUCAAGAAGCUUCUGGACAAAAUGAACAAGUGGUACUUUGAGAAGAAUGACCCCCUGGUGACGGCUAGUGUGGCUCUAGUGUUCCACUCCAUAUCCCGCCACUCACCUGAUACAGCUGGCUCCCUCAUGACUGACUUCAUCCCUCUCGUCUUCCUCGCCAUGCACACCAAAACCACUGAUGAAGACCCGGACUCCAAAGCAGUGGUAAAGCAGUGGGAGGAGACAUGGAGUGAGGUGGUGCCUGGAGAGGAGGCCACCGUCCGACUCUACCUCCCCCAGCUGGUGGGUGUGGCCAGCUCCGCCCUCCAGUCCCAGUCCUGGCCCAUCAAGUCCCAGGGAGCUGCAGCUCUCGCCACCGUGGCUGAGAAGAUGGGUUCCAGUCUGCCACAGGACCAACUGGCCAUUAUCCUGAACACACAACUGGAUGGUCUCCAGGGAAGGACUUGGAAUGGAAAGGUCUCGUUGUAGUUUGUAGUAACUAGCAUGGAUGGUAGUUGGCAUGGUGUUUGUAAUUUGUUGCUCGGACUACUUGAGUAUGACCGACGUUACUGAAUGAAUGUCGAAUGGUAACAUGUACGCGUAUUAUGCCUCCUUUACGUUCUCGUCCUUGUUCAGGAGGCUCUGUUGCAGGCAUUGCGGAAGGUCUGUACUCACAUGAAGCUGGCCACCCUCGUAACUGGCAACACCUCCUCCCUCCCCUCUCCUCACACCAUCACAUCUGCACUCCUCUCACAGUGCCGCAAGAAACAGAACAUUGCCUACCGAGGUGUGGCCAUACAGACCCUGGGUGCUGUGGCUAGUACACUGGAGGUCGACGUCUUCUCAGAGUUCAGUGAAAUCGCUUUCCCAAUCCUCCUCCCUGCAACGGAGGGAGGAGGGAGGGAGAGUGGGGAGGAGGAAGGUGAGGUGGAGAAGAGAGAGGGAGCAACUGUGAGGCUACUGCUGAGGGAGAGAACUGCUGAGGCCACUGGGAAGACCUGGGCCUCUGCCAGCCCUCAGACUCAGGGUACUCACUUCAGUGGUACAUUGGUAACACUCUCCUCUGCCAUUCCUCUCUAUACCUGGAGAGUCCAGCUGGCCCUGGGGAAUGCUCUACACUCUGUCUUUACUCAGUUGUUUGUGGAGAGAAUCAGUGAUUCUGAUAUGAGUGUUAUUACUGCCAGCACUAUUCCUUCUUUGACCAAGUUCUUAGCUAAUGUGAAGUACUCUGCACUGAGGCGAGUGGCUCUGCAGACACUAGACAAGAUCACAGCCAAGCUGGUCAGCAGUGGACAGCUAGCAUCCCUCCCUGUCUCCACUGCCUCGAGUCUGAGAGAUGGACUAGCCACCGCCACUGACCCUCAGAGCAAGACACUGGCUGCCACUGUGUUACAGAGACUUGGCUCGACUUAGAGUUGCAGAUAUUUUAAUUGUUUCUCAGUGUAAUUAAUUAACCCUCUGCCGUGCACGUAUGUCUGUGAUCUGUUUAUAUUUCCACCUGUUAGAUGCGCAUGCGCUUAUUAGCUUGAACUUUGUACUGC